UGCCUGGUCAGGGCUUCGCCAACAGAUUCUCCACGAGGCGAAAAAUCUCUGGACAGCGCCAGCCAAGUCGCCAGCAACCCCUCCCGCUGCCUUGCGCUGCACGGUAAACCAUCAAUAGAUCUCCUCGAGACCUGCCGCCGCGCAGAGGAGAUUGCCCAUCAUGCCUCCUCCGCCGCAUCAGAAACCCGAGAAUGUCCUCAAGCGGGCUCACGAACUCAUCGGGGUCAACCAGGCCCCCGCCGCCUUGACCCUGCUGCACGAGCACGUCACGUCGAAGCGGUCGCGCAAUGUGCCCAUCGCGUCACUCGAGCCGGUUAUGACCCUGCUCGUUGAGCUGGCCGUCGAGCAGAAGAAGGGAAAGCUCGCCAAGGACGCUCUUUAUCAGUACAAGAACAUCGCACAGAACACCAAUGUCGGGACAAUAGAGCUGGUGUUGAAGAAGUUCAUUGAGCUUGCGGCCGAGAAGGUCACCGCCGCCCAACAAAAGGCGGAGGAAGUCCAAUCGAGCAUCGAAGCGAGCGCGACGACGUCCAAUGUCGAAGACCUCGAGGCGAGCGAGACCCCGGAAUCCAUCCUUUUGGCCACUGUCUCUGGUGAGCAGUCGAAGGACCGUACCGACCGCGCCAUCGUUACGCCCUGGCUGAAGUUCCUGUGGGAGGCGUACCGCACUGUUCUGGAUAUCCUCCGCAACAAUGCCCGGCUUGAGCUUCUUUACCAGAGCACAGCCAUGCAGGCCUUCGACUUCUGCCUCAAGUACACGCGAAAGACCGAGUUCCGCCGGCUUUGCGAGCUUCUUCGCAACCACGUCCAGACUGCCGCCAAGUACUCGGCUCAGAUGCACGCUAUUAACCUGAAUGACCCGGAUACCCUCCAGCGCCACCUGGAGACUCGCUUUCAGCAGUUGAACGUUGCCGUCGAGUUGGAGCUCUGGCAGGAGGCUUUCCGCAGCGUGGAGGACAUCCACACCUUGCUGAGCCUCAGCAAGCGCCCGCCCAAGAACAUCAUGAUGGCCAACUACUACGAAAAGCUCACUCGCAUCUUUCUCGUUGGGGAGAACUACCUCUUCCACGCCGCGGCUUGGUCGCGGUACUACAACCUGCUGCGGCAAUCUGCCGCUCUCGUUGCGACGGGUCAGGGCAGGAAGUCUGACAACCCGCCCGCGAGCGAGGCUGAUCUGCAGCGGGCUGCCACCUUCGUUGUUCUCUCGGCUCUGUCCAUCCCAGUCAUCAGCACAUCACGGUCUCGGGGUGCCAUGGUUGACUUCGAUGAGGCGCGCAAAAACAAGAACUCGCGGCUGACGCACCUUCUCGGUAUGUCGCAAGCGCCGACUCGGGCCAGUCUGUUCCGUGAUGUUCUGUCCAAGGCUCUCCUGCGCCGCGCUCGUCCCCAAAUCCGGGAUCUGUACAACAUCCUCGAGGUGGAUUUCCACCCCCUUUCCAUCUGCCAGAAGAUCUCCCCGAUUCUUGCCCAGAUUGGCGCCGAUGAGGAGAUGCAAAAAUACAUUGCCCCCUUGCAGCAGGUCAUCCUUACUCGGCUGUUCCAGCAGCUCUCUCAGGUGUACGAGACGGUCGACCUCGAGUUCGUCCAGAGCCUAGCGCAGUUCCCGGAGCCCUUCCAAGUCACACGUGCUACCAUUGAGAAGUUCAUCAUGAACGGCAACAAGAAGGGUGAUCUCGCCAUCCGCAUGGAUCACGCCACAGGCGUGCUGAGCUUUGAUGUCGACGUCUUCUCCUCCGCCAAGGCCGUUCAUGCGGGCUCGGCCGCCGGUUCAGCUGAGAGUGAGGCUGGAUCUGUCCAGCGUCUCCAGAGCACUCCCUCACAGAUCGUUCGUUCUCAGCUUACACGUCUGGCUGAGGUCUUGUACACAACGUGCCGCUACAUCGACCCGUCUUUCAACGAGGAGCGCAUCAAGGCUCGCGAUGCUGUCCUCGCUCGGGCUAAGGCCGCUGCGGAGAAGGAGCAUCUUGACAUCCUGGCAAGGAAGGAGAUCAUUCAGAAGCGUAAGGACAAGGCCUCGGAGGCGCAGGCGCAGAGAGAGAAGGAGAACGCUCGGAAGAAGAUGCUCCAAGAGCAGGCUCUACAGCAGGCCGAGGCUCAGCGGUUGGCCGAGGAGCAGAGGAUUCGGGAGCAGAAGCGGUUAGCCAACGAGCGUGAGCAGAUCAAGAGGAAGGAGGUUGAGAGCAUGCUCAAGGACAUGAAGUUGGACGACAUUGAUGUUGAGGAUCUUGAGAACCUCGACAGCAAUAAGAUCCGCAUGAUCAAGCUGCAGCAGCUUGAGCGGGAGAAGAACAGCGUUGCCGAAAAGCUUCGUGUCACCGGCAAGCGGCUCGAUCAUCUGGAGCGUGCGUUCAGAAAGGAGGAAGCCAAGAAGCUGCCGGAGGAUUAUGCCAAGCAGCGGGAGCAUGACUUGGCCGCCUACGAGCUGAUCAAGGCUCAAACCCUCAAGGAGGCUGAGCUCAAGCACAAGGAGGAUCUCGAGCUGAAGCACCGCUUGAGCCGUCUCAUGCCUUUCUACGAGUCCUUCCGCGCUGAGCUGCACGAGCGCCGCCGCGACCAAUUUGAGAAGCGCCGUCGUGAUGCCGAGCGUGAGCUGGAGAGGGCGGUCGCCCAGCGGAGGAAGGAGUACCGCGAGAAGAAGCUGCGCGAGAAGCGCGAGCGUGAGGAGAAGGAGCGUGCUCUUCGGGAAGCCGAGGAGCGCGCGGCCAGAGAGAAGGAGGAGGAGAGGAAACGGCAGGAGGCCCGCAGGGAGGAGCUGGCCAGACUCAAGGAGGAGCGCGAGAAGGAGCGGGAGAGGGCCAGGGAAGCCCAGGCUCGCCAGCAACAACGCGAGGAGGAGGCCAUGGCCCGGCGCCGCGCCGAGAAGGCUGCCGCGGCGGCCGUGCCCAUCCGGGGACCGCCCGAACCGACUCCCGUUGCGGCUGGUGGCCCGCCCCGUCUGCCGCUUGCCGGCACCAAGCCCAGCUGGAGAGAACGCGAGGCGCAAAAGGCUGCUGCUGGUGGCGGCCAGGCUCCUUCCGACACCGCCCCUCCCUCGGCACGGCCUGGUCCCCCGGCCAUGGAGCGGAGCGAUUCCGGGGACCGGGCAGCCGCGGCUGGAGGUCCGCCCCGCCUCAACCUUGUCGGUAACAGGAGUGGCCCCAGUUGGCGCGAGAAAGAAGCUGCCAGGGCUGCCUCUGGUGGUGCUGCGCCGCCCUCCGAGCGUGCUGCUGUGCCGCCCAGACUCCCGGCCGGCCGUGGUGUCCCCAUGGACCGCGUCGGCUCAGGCCGUGGUGGUGACAGGGAUUCCAAGGACAAUGGACCUGCACCGGAGCCGCUUAAGGCAAGCGGUGCCCCUGGCAAAUACGUGCCGAAGUGGCGGCGGGAGAAUGCGGGCAACUGAGUAGACCCGGCUGCGGAAAGACGCUGAAAAGAUGGAAUGGAACGGAGGGCAGACGGGCCGGUUUCUUUCCCUUUUCCACUCUCGUUGGCAUUGCAGGUGUUACGCACACGCACACACACACGCACACACAAACACCUAUUCAGGGUCCGGUUUCUUCUGCAACAGCACAUAAAGGGUUCGGCUCGGUCGGUCUGCCCUCCAUGAUUGUCACGGGGCAUCGUCUGCAUUUGUAGAGUACAAGCAUCAUGUCGUCACGUCUCGUCACUCACGUCGGUCACGUAAUGGGGGAGGGCGGGGCAAUGGGCAAGUUGAGAAUGGCAUACGAGAGAUUU